AUGUCUAAGAGAGUAUUAGAGCCAUGUCACCAUCAUUCAUCCAAACAAAAAAAAUCCAAGAAUGGGGAGAAAGAAUUAUUGUUUUAUGAAGAGGAAGGAGAAGUAGAUUCUUUUGAUGACUUUCACCAAGAUGAAGAUGAUAACUUAAGUGAUGUUGACUGGGAGGAUGUUUGUUUAGAUGGAAGCAUAACUGUCACAGUAAAUGGUACACACCGGAAUAGCGAGAAAGCAAACAAACCCAAACGAAAGAAUGAUAGAAAAGCGUUCAACUAUCAGCGACUUAAGUAUGGGCUACACUUGGUGAUGAUGCCAUUCAUGUUAUUUUUGUUGAAAACUAGAGUAAAAUGCGUUGACGACGAAAGACUAAAUAGACGAUUAAGAAGAUCGGUACCAAAAUUAAUUAGCAAAAAAUUCAAAGAUUGGAAUGAAAGGGAUCCAUUCGCCAAAAUGGCUUCUUUAAGAACACUUUUGCUUGGCUUGGUUUUAUGGUUUCGUUCCAACUACAAAAUGAAUAGCAAUGGUAUCAGACAAAACUUUAACAGAUUGCAAUACCUUAUAAAGUAUGCCGACAGUCAGAACAAAAAUAUGAUCCCUAAAUCCACAUAUAAGAAAGUCCUUGAUAAUCAACAUGAAUUUUACGGAAAUAGACCAUUGAUAAAAGAUAAUGUUGAAGACCUUCGUAAGAUGGCGAAGAAGAAGAUGGCCAAUAGAGAUAUACUAACGUUGUUCUUUUUAAUUAUUUUAAAGAAUCUUCUACCGGAAAAUAAAAAGCUCUAUUUUUGCUUUGCUUUGCCAUUACACGAUUAUGCUAUUAGGUGCAAUAAGGUGAAAUGGCAAAUCGAACAUGAUGUUGGCAAAGUUCCCAACCUGUUUGAUUCUGACCUGAUACAGCCUUAUUUUUGGAUUGAAUUAGAAUUUCCUACCUUAACUGACAAUGAGCUGUACAUCAUUGACCCCAUAGCUCAUCUGGAUAAACGUGAAAUGGUCUUAAAGACACGCAAGGACCAGUUUGUUCCUAAUUAUCAACCCUCAACGGAUAUGAAGUAUAAUCUAAACCAAAGUUUUCAUUAUGUGGUUAACAUAGACUGUACUGAAAGAGUAAUGUAUGAUAUCUCACCGAGAUAUGUACCAAAUGUUUGUUACAGAUACUUUGAGUUAUCUGAGUCCUCCCCUAUUUUAAGAUCGAAACAUUAUAGAAGCUACCAAAAUCUAUCUAGAUGGCUGAAAAUAUUCAAUAAAAAGAGGGUAUCUUCUCAUAAUGACGAAUUAAUGAAAAAUAUCGCUUUAACCAAUUUUACAUUGCCAAAAAGUGUUAUAGAAAUCAAAAGAACAGAUAAUUUUGUAAUACCCUCUAUUUUAAAGUCUAAUGAAGUAUUAAAUCCUCAGGCAAGGCAAGCUGCAACAUUCACCAAAGUAGACAACUUAAGAGAGCCCUUAUUUUGGAAAAAAGACGUUCUUCAAUUAAAGAGUAAACAGCAUUGGGCAAUAUUAGGGCGUUCUAUUCUGCCUGAUACCCAGCCAUUAAAGCGUAAAAAGUAUCUACCGAUGAAGAAAAGACUGGUAAGAAAUUUAGACAAAGACGAUAUCAAGGAAUUGUUUUCGUAUGAGCAAACAAUGAAAACUCCCAAAUACCCGAAUACAUACCACGAUCUUUUGGGACACGAACAUAUGAUCACGAAUUUAUCACAUUUUAAAAACAAAUUUGGUAACAUCGAAAUUUACUCUAAAGAAACCAAGCCCGAUGGAUUUGAAUUAAUCCCACUUAACGAAUGUGGUAAUAUCAAAGAUCUUAUAAAACGCUACAAUAGAACAAAAAGAAAGACGCAAAGAAUUGAGUACUUGGAUGUAGUAAGUGGUUUUGACUUUAAACAGAAAAAAGGCCAUGCCAUUCCCAAAAUUGAAAGUAUACUAGUCAAAGAAAGUGACUACGAACUAGUUCAAAGUUUGAAACAGCAGACUAAAUUACUAUUAGGGCUCUCAUUUUGGGACCUUCUUCUAAGAAAGCUGCAAGUCAAUGACCGAUUGAAUACUGACUACGGAAAUCUCAGAAAUAAUGAUGAAAUGCAGAGGGACCGCUAA